AUGGUUUACAAAACGAAAUUCGUCCAUGAUUUGUGCACAACUAGUACGGAAAUUCACGAGGAAGUGAUACAGUUCGCACUCAACGAGAAAGCUUUCUUUCAAAAUGUCCGUAACUUGCGUAAAUCGUCACUCGAAGCAUUUGUUUACGUAUUGCUGAUGAAAAAACGUGGCAAACUUCCCAAGUCCCUGCAAGUUAUCCAACUGACCGUGCAGGAAAUAAUAGCCAUCAUUCAUGAAAACUAUUUACGCUUGCAAGCCGACAGUGAAACAUUCGGAUGGAUCUUGAGUGCCCUUACUCUGACGAUACUGGUCGAAGAAGAUGUUGGAGCCAUACGAUCAGAAUUGGAAUUACUGGUGAAAAUGUUUGGAACGGAAUACAUCGAGCUACCCGUCUACUACGAUGUGCUGAGAACGUUACUCAUCUUGGCAAAAGAACGCCCGGAAUUAUGUUCAUUAUUUAAUGCGUUUGAAGGCGAAGAAAUGAUAAGAAGGCUUGCUUCGGAAUCAAAAGUGGUGAGAAUGAAGGCGCUCGCAUGCUUGCAAACGCUAAUGGAAUUCUAUCCCAAACUAUUCGACGUGUGGCUGCGAAUGCUUCAAGAUACAAAACUAAUCACCGAAAAUAGGUCAUUUAUGCUUCAUCAGUUGAUGGAAACUUUACUUCGAUUGGAGGACAAACAAGCGGAAAUAUUGUCAGUCAUACAGUGCGAUCAUGUUUGGCCCAUCGUGAUGGAAAGCCUCACUGGAAAAGUAGCGGUAUGUCGGAAAGAAGCCUUGGCCUUCGUACAGUACGCCAUCGGUUAUGCAAAGCAGUUUCAGCAAGAUUUGUCCAGUACAUAUUUCAACUGGUUCCAGGACAAAACACGAUCGGAGAUACUAAACAACGCCUGGCAGUCGUUUGUAGUCAUUGCCGAAGCAUUGAACGAAACACAAACUCAUCUGAUUCUGCCAGCAUUGGAGUUGCUUGAGAAGGUAGAUCCCCUGCACGUGGCAUGGAAAAAUUUGCUUCUACGGUUAAUUUUGCUGCACGAUAACCCACGUGUUGCAAAUAGCGGGAUACAGCACUUUCUGAAGCAAAGAUCCUUUGAUCCUUCUGAUACGGUGCUGGAAAAUCAAUUCUUAGAAGCAUUCAACCGAAUGACACUGUUCGACAACGUUGCUGAAAUCAUUCAUGCCCUGAAACAGUACUACAACAAUGCUGAAGCAUUGUCAUACUUGACGAAUUCCAUCCAGGAUAUAAGUUGGAACUCAGUACCGUACUAUUGCAUCGUAAACGUGAUACAUGAACAAUCAGACCUGUUAAAAACAGACGAAGCUGGAUGCUUUAUCUCGCUAAAAAGCCUCAGCAAUUGCGUAAAAGUAUGUCACGAAGUGAAAAACGUAUCGCUUCGGUACAUCACAGUUGUAUUGCUGUUGAAAACUAUCACGCGAUACGUGAACCGAUGUCGGAAGGUUACGAGAUCAAAUCAGCUUCUGGUGCUUGUAUGCGAGAUUGAGAAACUUUCAUCGGUGUUUACCAUAUUGCCGGAACAUGUUCAGGAUGAAUCAGGUACAACGUUUUGUGACGCUAUAACGGAAGAAGCAUUAUUGGCGCACCUGCCAAUGGUCACCGUCACCGACACGUUUUUCAUAAAAAACAUACUGGUCAAAUGGAUCGUCAAUGCACAACCGGUCAAGCAGGAUAAGCUGAUGAAGACUCUUUCACAAUCAAAUCAUGUCAUUUUUUGGAACAUUCUUCAUCAAUUACCAGAAACGGUUCACAUACGCAUUUUAAAGACCUUACCAGAUGCCACACCCCCUCAAAUGCUUGAAAUAAAACAAGCAAUACAAUCGAAGAUACCAAUUUCGCCUACUAUGUUCUCCACACUUAGAGAAGUGUCGAAAUCUGUACGAUUAGCGAAGAAAGUAUCGGCUCCAUGCAGCAAUGGAUGGAAUGAAAUCCUCAAUGAUCUUCGGAACCAACUCCACGAUCGUUUGAUCCUAUUCGACAAUACCGACGCGGUGGCAGUUGAAACGAUUCAAAUUGCUCAUCUAUGCAUCAUACAUAUGGGGGAUGUUUGCAGCGCGUCAAACAUAUUGGAAUCAAUUUUCCACAUAAUGUUCAAAAACAACCUCCAGCGUCAGCAAUCAGCAAAGCUAUCGAUCGACCAACUGUAUGUCAUGAUGUCGGAAAUCUUUUUACUCUACUGCCAUGAAAAUGGGCUUCGUUCUGAAGACGAUUGGUUGAAACUAAUCAGUCUUCUUGACGUCGGAAACAUCGACGUCUUGAUGAAUGUGCUCGAGAUACUACACUCACAAUCGCACCAUAAAGCACGUCUCGUUGUAGUUAAUCGAUGUUAUAAGGAGAUAUUGAACUACCGUAAAUCAGAUCAUUUUAUGAAACUGAUCAAAAAGUUCAUUGCCAUGUUACUAAUACCCUACACAAGGCUGAACGAUGUAGCGGAAAUUGAUCCAUACGACGUACAAAUCGACCCAAAAGAAACUGCCUAUAUAGAAUUGUUUCUCGAGCAAGCGAGCACCAUCUAUGGGUUGGCAAACAUCGUAUUCGAGAACAUCUUCCAACUUCCCAUACCGAUCAUCCUCAACUGGAGCGCCUUCGGGAAGCUGCUGUUGCAGGGAAUUACUUUAGGAGAUGUUCAAAAGCGAGAUCAAAAGAUAGAAAAUGAAGUAAUUGAUCAUUGCGCUUUUGAAGUAUCGUUAAAUCAGCAUCCCCGAUAUGUUGCCCAAGCGGACGCACGUGUUCGCGUACUAUGCGUCCUGUUCCUGUACCGAAUCGUUCAGGCAAAUCACCCCGACGCGGUUCUGUUUCUCCUUAAACUGGAACGAAUGCUGAUGGAACGUUUUGUGCAAAUAACGAAGGCAAAGGAACGAUAUUAUGCCGAUUCUAUUACGCACCGGCAGAAGCUACGCAUCAUUCAAGCCCUUUGCGUUGUUCUCAAGCUGACCGGUACGAAACCAUACCCACUACUGGAGGUCAUGCUGUACGAAACGAAUCAACCGAACAUCAACUAUCUGAUCGAACUGAUCGUGGCCGAUAGCACGAUCGAUACACUCACUAUCGCCAAUUCGCUCCGUAACGAAAAGGUUAAAGUAUCCGGCAUACAGUCGGUGUUCGUCAUACUUUGGCUGCGCUGCUGCCAGACCUCGACGCUCAACGAAAAGUAUAUCUAUCUGCUGCUGCCCUGGACGAUGGCGCAAAACUUCUCCACCCGCCUGUACGCACAGAUAACAAUCACGAAGCUGAUCGCAAAGUUCUCCCCGCAACCCAUCGAAGAGGGUCCUUUCGGGGAGAUCUAUGCAGCCGUGAACAGCUACCUCCGGCAGGGUAACGUGGAGCGUAACAUAGAGAAAUGUAUGAAAGAUUUCCGUUUCAACAGUGUUUUCGAUUACGGGAAUCUGUUGACGAUGGAAAAUAUCUUUCACAACAUACCGAAGGUUUCCAUGGCGCCACCGGAGGACGUCGUCGGGACGGCAAUACUGAAAGAUUGCCUCCAAAUGUUGGGCCUCGGGGAGAGUCACCUUGGGCAGCCUCUCGAGUUCGAUGAGUUAUCGAUCGAAAAGCGCGAAAAUCUUUUCCUGGCCCAAUCGGUUGGGGGUGCCGAUUUUGUGCAGCGAAAAAUUGUACCCUUAAAGAACCUAGAGCCGAGCCAGGAACUACUGCUUGGGUUGCCGGAGAAUUUGUGUCUCAAGAAGAUGGACUACACGGAAGGUCUGAUAGUUGUGGCGAGUCUGGUUAAUCGGGCACCAAAUCUCGGAGGGUUGGCCAGAACGAGCGAAAUUUUCGCAGUGAAACAGUUCGUCAUCAAUUCCCUCCAAGAUAUCGACAAUAAGGAAUUUCAAGCAUUGAGUAUGACCGCAGAAAAGUGGUUAAACGUUGGCGAGCUGAAAGCACACAAGCUGGUCGAGUACCUACAGGAGAUGAAGGAUAAAGGAUAUUCGAUUGUUGGCGCUGAACAAACGACUGGCAGUAAACCGAUUCAACAACUUGAAUUUCCUAAAAAGUGCAUUCUCGUCCUAGGGCACGAGAAAAAUGGUCUUCCUGCGGAAAUCAUACGACAUCUAGAUUUAAUCGGUGAGAUUCCACAGUUUGGUGUGGUACGUUCCCUAAACGUCCACGUAACUGGUGCCAUUUUCAUGUGGGAAUACGCGAAGCAGCAUCACGUCACAAAAAUGCUUGAGAAGGCUGAUUAAUCAUUAAGGUACAAUGUUUUUUCUAAAUCUUAAAACUAUAAUACAUGAACGAUGUUUCUGGUUUAAGAGCUAUUUUUGAAAAUAAUUCAAAGAAAAACUAAAUGUGUUCUUUAUA